GGAUGGAUGGAGCGAGCGAGCUGUGUGAGCGAUGAAAGCAAAAGUUGACAUGAAUUGUGUUGGGAAGACUUUUUGUGCCUUCGUUCUGCUCACCGUCGCUGUGGCCAUGGUAACAACGGAUAACAUCAGAGUGUCUAAAAUAGCUGGUUCCAGCGUUAAUCUGAACUGUAGUAACAUUUCAGUGGUGGAUCUGGUAGCAGUAAUAUGGAAGAUAAGCCCAAGGACUGGAAAUCACUGCACAUUGGCAUACAGACGUGAUCUGAACGAGACAAACAGAACAAACUGCAGUGAGAGAAUGGAUUGGAAAUAUAGUCCUGAAACUGAUAGUGCACUUCAGUUACGGCAAGUGACACUCACAGAUGAGGGACGUUAUAGCUGUGAAACUUCAACCAGCGAUGGAACUUCCAAUCAAACCUACACUCUGACUGUAUUAAUCCCUCCUGUGGUGACCUUGACCUGUGACAGUAAAGGGACCGCUGUGUGCAAGGCAGCUGCAGGGAAACCAGCUGCACAGGUCUCUUGGGACCCAACCGGAGAUCCCAGGACUGAGCUUGAAAAUCACACAGACGGGACAGUGACUGUGCUCAGUAUAUACAGCCCUAGAGAGACCAGUAUAACCUGCCUGGUCUCUCAUCCGGCUUGGAACACGAGCCAAUCCAAGGAAUGCCCAUCAGGUAACAGAACACAUCUCUUUUCUCUAUUUAAUCUUCAUUCAUAACUGAUAAACUAUGUGCUCCUCUGUUCACCAGCUCCAACAAAUAUUAG